AUGGCUUCCAGCCCAAACGACUCGGACCCGAGUUCCCAGCCAGGGGAUCCCGAUCCGAAUCCACAUAGCCCUCAGGAAGAGCUGGACUUCUCGAUCUUAUUUGAUUAUGACUACACGAACCCUAUAGCAGAAGAACCGACUCCUUCACAUAAAUUCAUCAGCCCACCCUCUGGAGGUACUUACCCUCAUGAUGAUGUCUCGGAUUAUGGCCUCAAGUCAUGCACUCCCUUCGCUUUGUCUAGCCUUUCAGCAGAUCACAUGGGCAGAUGCGGACAGCCAGAUAGCAUAGGGUCAAAAUGCUACUUGGACCCUGUCAAGGCUGCAGGUCCCCCUACCUUGAGCCCUAGGAUUGAGAUAACUCCAUCUCAUGAACUGUUUCACUCGGGGGGGUCCUUCUACUGCAGAGACACAGAUCUAUUGGUAGAGCAUCAGUCCAACUCGGCUACCGCUAGCCCAAGGUUUACCCUGCCUGUCCCUGGCUUUGAGAGCUACCGAGAACCGCUGUGCCUGAGCCCGCCUAGCAGUGGCUCCUCUGCAAGCUUCAUUUCAGAGACCAAUUUCUCUCCUUAUACUUCGCCAUGCGUUUCACCAAAUAAUGGCCCUAGUGAUGACCUUUGUCCACAGUUUCAAAACACCCAUGCUCAUUAUUCCCCUAGAACCUCGCCAAUAAUGUCCCCACAAGCUACCACCGUGGAGGAUACCUGCUUGGGGCCACGUUCACCAUCGCCACGUCCCAACUCAAGGUCGUCAUCACCAGGUGCAAAGCGGAGGUACUCUUGCACUGAGCUCUACGGGAGUCAGCAGCCUUCCACUUCUCCACGGCAAUCGAGGACCCCAUCUCCACAGGCCUCUCCCCAGCUCCCCUUGAGAGAAGACAGGUCUUCAGUCACUUACACCCAGUUGUCCACCUCUUCUAGCCUCAUGGAUGCAAUGAACAACCUCACCACAGAUUCUUCCUGUGGAGUUCCCACAAAAAUAUGGAAAAACAACCCAGAUCCUUCGUUGAUGUCUUCCCACAAAGCCAGCAUGCCAUGUCAUGUGCUUCAGCCCAUCGAAUACAUUGGGCCUUGUGAGCAGGAUGACCGAAGAAACCCACCACCCGAGUCUAUCUUGUUAGUGCCGCCAUCUUGGCCAAAGCAGCUGAUGCCUGCAAUACCCAUCUGUAGUAUCCCCGUGCAAUCCCUCCCACCACUUGAGUGGCCACUCUCCAGUCAUUCUGGCUCUUAUGAACUUCGGAUUGAAGUGCAGCCCAAACCCCACCAUCGUGCCCAUUAUGAAACGGAAGGGAGUCGAGGGGCAGUCAAAGCACCAACAGGGGGGCAUCCUGUGAUCCAGCUUCAUGGUUACAUGGACAACAAACCUCUGGGCCUCCAGAUCUUCAUUGGAACGGCAGAUGAGCGGAUUCUUAAACCUCAUGCUUUCUACCAAGUUCAUCGCAUUACAGGCAAAACAGUCACCACCACCAGCUAUGAGAAAAUCAUUGGCAACACCAAAGUGCUGGAAAUCCCCCUGGAGCCAAAAAACAACAUGAAAGCAACCAUUGACUGCGCAGGGAUUCUCAAGCUGAGGAAUGCAGACAUUGAACUGCGGAAAGGAGAGACAGAUAUUGGUCGGAAGAACACCCGUGUGCGGCUGGUAUUCCGUGUGCAUAUCCCUGAAUCUAGUGGCAGGAUUGUUUCUUUGCAAGUGGCAUCCAACCCCAUUGAAUGCUCCCAACGCUCUGCUCAUGAACUUCCAAUGGUUGAGAGACAAGAUGUUGACAGCUGCCUGGUGUAUGGUGGGCAACAGAUGAUCCUGACCGGCCAGAAUUUUACUGCAGAGUCGAAGGUUCUAUUCACAGAGAAGACACCAGAUGGGCAACAGAUUUGGGAGAUGGAGGCCACAGUGGAUAAAGACAAGAGCCAGCCUAACAUGCUUUUUGUAGAGAUACCAGAAUAUCGGAACAAACACAUUCGCACCCCUAUCAAGGUGAAUUUCUAUGUGAUUAACGGAAAACGGAAAAAAAGCCAGCCGCAACAUUUUACUUACCACCCAGUGCCUUCCAUCAAAACAGAGCCCAUUGAUGAGUAUGAUCCAGCUUUAAUCUGCAAUACAGUACACAGCGGUCUGGGAACAGUAACACAGCCUUAUUAUACACACCAUACAAUGGUCACCGACUCUCCUUCCUGUCUUGUGGCCACAAUGGCAUCCUGCCAGCAGUUGCGUUCAAGCCUGUCUUCUCCUGAAUCUCGAUAUCCCCAGCAAAACCCAGGGGCUGUAAUAUACCAAAGAAGCAAGAGUCUCAGUCCUAGCCACCUGGGCUACCCACAGCCUGGUUUGAUGGCCACACAAGUUUCCAUUCCAGAUGUUCACAGGUCAGUGUUGGUGCACACAGGCCCUCCCAGUCAAAGCUCAGCAGUGCUUCACCAUUCUCCAUCCAAUCAGCAGCCUUCCCCUGUGAUCCACUGCUCUCCAACAGCCAAUCAACAGCUGAGAUGUGAAAGCCAUCAAGAAUUUCAACACAUCAUGUGCAGUGAAAAUUUCGCAUCCAGUGGUGUGAGACCCAGCCAACCUCAGGUCAGCCAAGCCCAAAGGUUAAGUCCAAGUUCAUACCCUACCGUGAUUCAGCAACAGAGAACGGCAAAAAACGGACCGCCAGUAAGCGAUCAGAAGGAACCAUUGCCAACUGGAGUCACUGUUAAACAGGAACAGAAUCUUGACCAAGCCUAUUUGGAUGAUGAGCUGAUAGACACACACCUUAGCUGGAUACAAAACAUUAUAUGAAACAGAAUGACAGUGGUUUUUUGAUCCAAGCAAUCAAAGUCCAAGUUAACGAAAUAAUCAGGAAAGAGUUUUCUGGACUCCCUGCCAGAAGUCAGACAUAGAAGAUGAGAUUUGCGAGAAAACUUUUACUGAAUGCUUCCGUACCUGACCUCUUAGAUUCUUCUCCUGCCCCGUCAGCCUCCUGCUUCCUUAACUGAUCAUCUCAAGGCACCGGUUCAACACCAGGAACAAUGCACUGGCAUCAAACUGACAGCUUGGACUAAGCAACUCGGCACCUCUCACUGUAAACAUCAAAAAGAACACUCUUCCUUUCAUCCAAAGAUCAUGUUGUUCUCAUGUAGCAAAGCGUGCGCCUGACCAAACUUAUUAAUGUGACUACAGAUAUAUAUACGCACACACAAUGGAGAGAGAUCUACAGCCUAAAAAGGAAGGCUUCCGUCCAGAAACCUGCUCGGAAAUAAAGUAGGAUUAUAUGUGUGCUGAACAUCAGAUGAAUUGCAGAGUUGCCAGCUCAACAGAAUAUGAAUUGGGCCUCUAGAUUUAGCAGAUAUGACCUGCCCCCAUUACAAUUUUCAAGAUAAUACAUGAGCAAUGAGUCAGAGAAGGAUAACGCAGCAAAUCUAUACACACAACGUAGCUUUUAUUUCUUUCCAAACAUCAGCUUGCUCAUCUCUCAGCAUACCUGGGAGUUUCAAAAACAACUUGCAGUGGAGCAUAGGACUGUUGUAAUGAAAGGGAUAGAGAAACACACAAUCUGUACACACAGUUGCUUGUGAAGUUGUGAAGUGUCCCUCUGGGUAGUUGGUUCUGAUCUCAGGAUGCACUAAAGCCACAUUUUCAAGUUCUGCUGUGGGCAAAAAUAGAUAAAAACUCAGGGCAUAAUUCAGCCAAAAAUUAAGCAGAUUUUAAAACCAUUGAUUUAAAUGAAAGAGACUUAAGUGUCUCUUCCACUUUCAUCUGCUCUCCCCUCAAAAGCCCUUUCCACUGGUAUAAAUUUGUUCCUGGGGGCUGCAUAGCAGCAUGUCAGGAAGAGGAUCCUGGCUUAGCCUUCUACCAGACUGGCUAGUUUCCCACAGUUUUGAGUACUUGGUUUUUAACACUGGCAAACAUUUUAAAACUGCAGUCCCCUCCCCACCCACCCCCGCUGGAGUCUGAAAUGGUACCCUCCCAGAAUCUCUGUAUCACGUGACUUAUCUACAUAUGCAAAUCAGCUGGAGCCCUUGCCUUCCAAAAGAACUCUGAAAGCAUUAAUAAACCUAUUUUUAUAUUGCUGGCCAGCACCUUGAGUAGCCUGAUAACCCAUAUUGAAUCAAAGUGAAAGAAAACACCAUAACAAGUCCUCUUGCCAUCACAAAACAGAAAGAUGGCCAGGAAUAGAACUCCUUCUUGUUGCCCCAGCUCCUUACUAACAGGUGGUCUGUAGCAGUCUUGGCUUCUUGUUCUCCAUAUCAUUUGUCCCACCUGUGCCAAUAUUUACAUCGGUACGGUAUAGAAUGUGGGACCAACUGUCUGCAAGGAAAUGCUUCUGCAAUACUGACAAAGGCAGCUAUUUCCCAGGAGCUAUGCUGGCCUUGCUCCUUAGCAGCUUGUCAGGCAGGCUGUAAGUUGCCAAACCCAUGCAGAGACUAAGGAGAGCUAGACUGCUGAUCAAGGGCUUUGCAUUUCACCUAAUUUCUCUUGCAAGAGUGUAGCAAUACUUAAACAACUAUUACAUCUGUUUCUCAUUUUCUUGACAAUUUAGAAGCAGUAUUAAAAGUGAAGCUGAUCUUGUUUAGCAAGGCACACUCUUACUCCAAAAGGGGGGAUUACCAGGAGCCUAUUGUUUUAAAGACAAAAAAUCCCAGAAGCACCCCAAAUCUGCAAUCAGUUAUUUAGAAUUCACCAGUUUUGAAAAACCACACUGGCAAUUCACAGGGUGACUCAGAUCACUGCCUAUCAGUACGUCAGCUAUGCAUCACUUCUGGUACAGACAUCUAGUUGUUGCUUUGUGCUUUCUUAUUUGCAGUGUGUCACUGUUUUUUGGGGUGCUGCAAAAGAAAGCUGUGCAUGAAAACCAAUAUAGUAGCAUGUCACGAUAGUAUACAGGCUAGUAAUAAAAAUAAUAAAUAUGAGGAUAUCAAUUGCUUUAAGAUCAUUAGUUGCUAGAAAAAUUACCAAAGCUAAUGACCUAUCUAUGGAAAACAAGCAGAGACCAAAGAUCUCUACGUACUUGCUUGUUUAUAUGUAAAUAUUACAGUGGCAAAAGAUGUUGAUGUACAAGGAAAGACUGACACAACUUUGAGGAGGCCUAAGGGCUACAGGAGUAGCUCAGCAGCUAUAUAAAACUGCCCCAAUACAAGCCACAUAUUUCAUUACGUGCUGGAAAAAAACUGAACUUUCCAAUCAACAGAGCAAUCAGUCAACCACACUCUCAGCCAGCCAACUGUAAUGUAUGUUGAGGUGGUGGGGAGGUGCGGUUACCAGGUUGCAACCUAGAUCUUUUCACUUUACCUUUAAAUCUGCUGCUGAAGCCGGAGACAAAGGAGGCAUGAUUUCUGUCUCUCUGUUAACCCCCACUCCUACACCCUCCUCUGGUUGCUGCGGAGGGAUGCGAAGCUCCAAAAGUACCAUACAAAUUUAAAGCAUGCCAAAUUUAAAGCAAUUUUAACCAAGCAACACUGCAGACUGGGGCUGGUAGUGUUUCUAUCAUAUGCAUUAUUUCUCAGCUUCACCUGAAAUUAUCCAUUACAAUAAGUUCUAACGUGCAAUCUGUAUUCAUUUCAACAACAACAAAUCCCCAGGCAAUGGUCAAGUGAUCUGGAUUUCAGAUCAUAUCUCAGGUCCAUCUUUAGGCCAAGUCAGACCACCACCACCACCCCUGCCGACUUGAAUUGUUUUUACUUUCUUUGUUGUCGAUAGUCACUGUUGCUCUUUGCUAAAGAGAAAUGUCACUUUUGAUUAAUUGUUUAGCUUGGCUGACUACAGAUGAGUCAACAAAACAUCCAGAAAAAUUUAAAGAUGUGACCCAGUUUAGGCACAGCUUUAAGUGUCAAAAUGGAACAAAGUCCUUGGCAGAUGUAUAGUGCUUUUGGACACUCAUAUUGAAUAUUAAUAUGCCAAAAGAAGCAUGUGGACUUGUGACCAAGUUUACACAAUGAAGGGACUAAAGGGCAUUUAAUAAUCUCGAAGUUUAUUAGGUAAUAGGUUUUUUAAAGCAGUGAUGGGAUUUCUACAGGAUUUUGAUAGAAUUACUAGUGCACUGCCACCCAUCAUUUGCAUAGGUAAACAGGAUAUCUUGAAACUUGCAUUCAUCUAUAAAUUGAACUCCAAAAGGACUCCAUUAGGACUGUCCUUUUCUUUUUCCCCUGUGACUUUAACAGCUCCUUGAAUAUCAGAACUAUAACUGAUGCAGCUUUCCCCAUCAUUGCAUCACAAUGCCAGGGAAAACUCCACCAGUGGAAUGUGCCCAUUCUGCAAUUACUGAAAGAACAGCAUCUCGAACAGGGAGCAGCUGGCAAUACUUGGUUCAACAGGUGUGCUCAAAAGGUUGAGCAAUCAGGCUUUCAUUUCAGCAUACUACACAGCCCACCCCCACCCACCCCGCCGCCGCUGCUUAAAGUUGUAUUUACUGAGACACGGGAGUAUAAAAUGGAUGAUAUGUCAGAUCUUAGCAAUGAAUAUCAGGCACAUAAAUUCCUGGCAACUGUAUUUACUCACAUUGAUGGCUUGCUAGAUAUCUAUAACCCAGGGCUUUAAAUGACUUGCACUAAACUAAUAAUAAUAAUAAUGCCCAUGAUCCAAAAAGCUUUCUUAGUUAUACCCAGGGGCUUGGGCAUGCUUAGUGGCUUUUUAGAUUGUUUUUAAGCCUCUCCCCACUAUAAACAGCAAAAAUGUCAUGGCACAUCACAAGCUGCUUUGUAACUCCCCUCUCUUUCAAAAGAGGUGGGCUGUAUACAGAUGUUCUUCAAGACACACCUUCCUCCUUUGCCCACAAUUCCUUUGAUCCCAGCCAAUGGCUGACAUAUCACGCAAUGUUAUGUGUGCAUUGUAACUUUUAAUUUGCACAGUUGUGCAAGAGCACUCUUGUGCAGGUGCAAAAAUUGCACAACCAUAGUUGCAAGAUUGUUGGCCAUUAUUUCCGUUGGCCGUACUGUUGCAUAACUGUAAUUUUUGCACUUGCACACAACUGCAAUGUUACAAUGUGCAUUGAUGUUGUGUGGUAUACAUAUUACUUACUAAGCACUUAAGCAAUUAAAGUUAUAAUCCUAUUCAUAUGCAUAUAAGAGUAAAUCCCACAAUUCAGUAGGAAUUACUUCUGAAUAAAGAUUCAUAGGUUUGGGUGCAUGUCUUAAAGUUAAGCACAGUAAAGCAAAUUGUCCUAGCCACAGUUUUACCAUCUACCCUCUUAAAUAGUUAUUACCAAACUACUAGUUUCUAAAGUACUCCCAUUGAUCAAACGUGUUAAAGAGUUAUAGCUCCCCUUAGGAUUAGAGCCCAAAUCCCAUGAAAAUCAAUAUGGUCAUAAGAAAAUUUCAUUCCAAUUUCCCUGGCGUCUGAUUUGAAGAACACAGAUGACAGAUAUUUGAACUGAAAGCUGAUUAUUGGAAAACGAUGCAUUGAACCCACAUUUCCAUUCAAAUGUUAGGUUGCUAAGUUGGGCAGCAACAAUGCUUUAUUUUUGUGCAAAAGUUAAAUGAUAGAUUGCUUUUGUUUGCAAUUAUUUUUACCUACUUUUUCCUUUUCUCGCAUCAUCAUGGCAAGUUUACUUCUGCAUGUAGCUCCUUUUAUCUUCCCUGAUGUCAAGUCACAUGGCUCUGAUUAAUCCAGAGAUGCAUCUGCAUUAUUGCCAUAUCAGAGACAUGCCACAUGAUGGUUUCAAUGUAAAAGCCAUUCCAGAGUAUAUCAUCAAUCAAGGGCAGGCAAAAAAGAGCAGCGUUUCAGCGCUUGCUGAUGUAGCCACUUUUUCAGGUGUCCUCACAAACUUUGCCAACACAAUAAAUAUCAAAAACAGUAACUCUUAUUUUUCUCCCACUUCCAUGUUCCAUGGUGGGGAUGAAGCUGCAUCUAGGGCAGUAGUGGAAUAGCCCUUUUGCAUCAAUCAGUGCUUUUUUGCUAUCUCCAGAGAAUAGAACAGAGUUUUUAGAUGCAGUGCUUAGUAGAUAGUACUCAGUGUGUGUUAUAAUGUUCUCCUUACCUGCAGGGUCAUUGUUUCAUAUAGACUACAUGUAAAGUUUUUUUAAUUAAUAUAAUUAUUAUGGCUGUUUUAAAACAAACUGUCCUGCUGCCUCUGCUUUUCAUGGUUUUUCAAGCAACUGUUUGCUAGUAAUAAAGCCUUCAUCCGGUAUAUAUUUAUUUAUGGAGGAAAGUUGGGGGAGCUUUCAGAAGCAGUUAUAUAGUGCUCUCUCGAUAAAGUACGUGGAUGAAUUAAAAUAGCAUAAGUAAUUCUGAAAGCUUCCAUGUACUAAAUUAUUUCUUUUGAUUUCCUAGUAGUUUUACAGUAUUAAUGUAUGUAAUAUCAAUGCAAGCUUCUUCUUCUUCUUCUUCUGGUCUAAAGUAACAUCAGGUUCACCUUGGACAAGUUAAUUGCCUUGUGUGAGUAAUUUGUUCUCAGAUGAUCUGGAAGACAGCCAUAUUUGCAUAUGAGGAAAUUCUGUCUUUCCUCAGUUAUCUGAAUGUUUCACUACAGUGCCUUCCUGCCAUUGUACCAAAGGGCCUCCCAAGGCAUUGUCUGUAGGGUGAACAACUAUAAUGUGUUUUCCAUCAAUGUUAUACCAUGCUGAAAUAUAAGCAACGAAUUGUAAGCUGAAGAUCAUCUCAUUUUUUAUUUUGUCUUGGGUUUUUUGUUAUCAUGUUAUUUUUGAACUUCCAGCUUUCCAUCAGAGUGCUGGCUGCAAAUUACAGGAAGAAUUCCUAUAAACCUUUGCACCAAAUAUAUAAUAUAGAGAACCUAAAGUCACCCAUCUUAGCAUGUAAACAGUCAAAGGGUGUUGGGGGAGACGGCCGAUGUUAGGAAGAAUGUUUUGUCAUUUACUAAUGCAUUUUGGAAGUAUGGGAUGCCAACGGAGAAACUGCAUGUGAAGAUCAUUUGUAAUUUAUGAGACUGGGGAAAAAAUUCAAAAUCAUCUGAAUUUCAGUGCAAGGAGAUGAAACUGUUUGUUGUAUGUGAUUUUAGUGGUAAAAAGAAUGUUGAAUAGUCAUGGUUUGCACUCAAACACUGCUUGUAGGCACAGUCUAGUCAGUAAUGCACUUCCCUCCUUACCUUUUGCUAGAUACCUAGUUUCAUAUAAUAUGUUAUGCAAUACAGGCUACAUAAAUCCUAUUAAAUUCCAUGAAAGAGAGUUCAGUGUGUGCAUAACUCAUCCAAUGAAAUCAGUGAGGCUUGGGAAAGUGCUUCUCUUUGGUUUGAUAAUGCCCCAUUCAUGCCCCAUGUAAAUACAUGUCUCUUUCAUUAUUCUUGUUGGGAUACAUCAUGUUCUAAAUGUAGAAUACAUUCAACGACAGCACUAGGUUAUUGUAUUAAGAAAUGCUGCUGCUUGAGGAUAUAUCUCCAACAGUUUUAGAAAAUAGUUAGCACAAUGUAUUUUGGGGGGAAAUAUUUUGUAUUAUAAGAUCUUUUUUUAAAAAGAAAUUGUCUACUAUGCUUUUGAACUGCCACAAAUGAGGCCACUUCUGCGUGCUGAUAUUUAUAAAAUAGUUUGCCUUUUCUUCAGCUGCAACAUUAAUAAGUGCUCUUACUUGGAAGCAAGUGCUGUUGAAAGGGGUGCAAUCUUGCAUCCUGCAGUCCUGGGGAACAACUUCCGCAGGGUUCUGCCAAGACCCUCCCUGCCCCAACAGUUGCCUUCAUUUGCUGAAUCUUUUAUCUUGUAUCUUUAUAUUAUCUGUGCUCUUGUAGCAAACACACUUGUACCUUUCACAGAAACAACUGAAGUACUCGAAAGUACUCCCCAAAAUAUAGAUGGCACAUUAGCUUUUGUAGAUGCUUUUAGUGGUUGUUUGCUUUGAUCCAUGAGUUCAUGUAUCUCAGUUUGAAACCCUGCUGUGGUGGGUGCUCAUUGACAUUUUUAGUACACUAUUUGCUCCAUUCAAUAUUUCACUUGCAAUUGCCCUGCCUCCCCCUCAUUUAAGUAGUGCUGAAUAACAAUGGCAAAUGACAGUUAUAUGCUUCAUUGACAAAUCAGUAAUCCUGCCUCUGUGUAAGUUCUGUUUAUCAAUUUCUACUUGCUUCUUGUGUAUAAUAAAUUAAAAAGAAAAACAUCAACACCCCAAUAUCUCCAGGGUUUGUGCUGGUAACAACUGCACACGCUUGUACAGGCCAAAGGGGACAGAGUGCAGGCAUUAUGCAAAAUGCCUCCUGCAAGAGUCUUGUAUGUGGUCUGUAGAGAGAGUUGCGAGAAUCCUCACUCUUAUUUUUUAAAAUGUUAGUUUCUACCCUUUGGUUGCAAGGAUGGAUGUUUGAAAAAUGCAAUGGCCAAAGAUGCUUACAUAUCAGAGAGGAGAAGUCAUGUAACAGGAUGCACAGAUUCGUUUGUUUUUCAACUCUCAUGAUAUCAAAGUCUGUAUUUUCAAAGACUGUUAAAGUGUUAACUCAGGUCCUUCACUUGUGAGGAUAAAGACUAUCAGGAGAAGUAUAUUGUGAAGUAAUAAGCACAUUGGGAUGCAUUCCACCUUAAAAUCCCUUUAAUUUCCAUGGAAUUUAGGUGUGCCUGGCUUUUGAUGGAUUGUGCCAAUUAUAUGCAUCAGUAGCAGAUGGACAACUUCCAUGUUCAAGAAAGUGAUACACAAAUGCAUGGAAGUAAUACAUGUUUUGUUAGCAGCCUCCUUCCAGCUGACACAUAAGUGCACGUGUCCCUCUUGCUAAACAAGUCAUCCAUCCCUAAGACAGUGAACAGCAAAUGGUGGGAAAGAGACUGGGUGUAAGCUACAUCUGAUUAAAGUUUUUGUUUAUUGAAUUUAAUAGAUCUUAUUUAUACUCAUUUGUACGUGUCCAUCUCAAAUUGUCCCUCCAACUUUGCUGGAGGACUUCGGCUCUUGAUACCAAUCUGGAUAUGGGGAAUAGGUCUAAUAAAAACAUGUUAGUAAUUCCGAACCUCCAGGUUCAGCUGCAGUAGGCUGAACAGUGUGACAGCUUAACAGACUAAAGAGGGCUCUUUUCCACUUUCUGCCUGUUUUUAGCAUGCACAAGUGAAAACAUGUUUUUAGCCUCACUUAUGAAAAGCAUCCUAAGCUGCAGUUACAUAGGAAGCUACCAUAUACUGAGUCAGACCAUUGGUCCACCUAGCUCAGUAUUGUCUACAGAGAUGGCAGCAGCUUCUCCUAGGUUGCAGGCAGGAGACUCUCUCAGUCCUGCUUUGGAGAUGCCAGGGAGGGAACUUGGAACCUUCUGCAUGCAAGCAUGCAGAUGCUCAUCCCAGAGUGGCCCCAUCCCCUAAGGGGAAUAUCUUACAGUGCUCACAUGUAGUCUCUCAUUCAAAUGCAAACCAGGGGGACCCUGCUUAGCAAAUGGGACAAUGCAUGCUUGCUACAACAAGACCAGCUGGGGAAGAAAGGCUAUUUAAAUUUCAUGGAAAUCAAUGUCAACAUACAGUUUGGGGUAUUUCCUGGUGCUCCGAGUUAAAUAUGGAGUCUAUAUUUGCUGUUAGCAAUGUACAUUUACUGAAGAAAGUUGGGGUGGGGGAAUGAUACCCCAAAGGAAAGCCGCUUUUAAUUUGCUCUGAGAUAUAUAUGUAUAUUUUACUAAAUUGCUUGUUCAAAAUGUUUUAACUUUUUUAUACAGAUGGGAGGUUGUAUCUUAUAUUCCCCCACGUAAUGUUUUAAUCUCCAGUCUUAAUUGUGAUUUUGCUUUUUGUAAAAUAUUUUUAUACAGCUUGUAUUAUUAUAGUCUAGCAAUAAAUCAAAGGACAACUA